AUUUAUUUGGAUCACAAUAUGAUCUCAGGUUGUGGUUGUCAGUUUACAUAUUUUCAGCACUGCUUUAAAUAGGUUUUUGAAAUUACCGAUGGACGAAUCAGUUAAAAAUAACCAGCAUACUUCUCAUUCCGAUCCCGAAGAAGUGAGAGUACUUGAAUCAAGCCUUAGAACAAAACAUAAGCAUAAGUCUCGUCAGUUUCCUGAUUUCAUAGACAGUGAAAAGACAAAACUAGACGUAACAAAAUCAAAUAAUGAUGAACCAACUGUUUCGAAGCCUCCUGUUGCGAAAAAAAGAAAGAAGAGUUCCAAGAAACCUGUAACUAUUCGUUCAAGCGAUAUGGCUACUGAGAGUAUUAAGAGUGUUCCUCCAGUUGAAAUAAAACAACGUUCCAUUGAUAAACGAAGAAGUAUAGUGGAAGAAGAGACUAAAGAUAAAAUUGUUCAAAAGAAGAAUCAACCAAUUUCAAUAUCACCAUUAAUGAAAUAUGAACAGUCAAAACAACUUGUUAAAUCAAAACCAUAUUAUCCAUUACCUGAAAGAAUGCAACGGUUACGUAGAAGUACAGGAUUAGGUGAAUUAUCAACAAGUCCUGAUUUAAGUUUAAGUGAUUUAAAAGGAAAUGAAAAUUUCAAUCAAAUAAAUAAUGAUGAAUUUUUCACCAAAGAAUGGUAUGAUAAUUCAAAACAAAAUGAUACUACUUAUAAUAUGGGUUCAAUAUCAAAAUCCAAACAAUUAACAAUGAAUGAACCACAAUCGAAAGUGUUAAAAGGUAAACGUUUUAAAAGUCAUUCAUCAAAGAUAAUACAAUCAAAUAUGGAAGAUAAUUCAAUGGAGACAAAUCAAGAAAAUCAACCACUUUUAGAGCUUGUUGAAAGAACAAAAAAUGAUCUUUUAUUAUUUGGUCGAUCAUCCUAUUUAUCUAAUCAUGAAAGAAUUAAAUAUGAAUCCAAAUUUUUAUACAAUCCAACUGAUAUAGAAGUACCUCUUGAUUUAAAAACUGGCGGUAAACUACCACGAUACUUAGAAGAUGAAGGUUAUUAUAUUGGUAAACAACCAUAUGUAGCUCCAACAAAUUUACGUCGUUUGGAAAAUCGUAUUUUAAAACAAAUUCAAAUGGAUGUAUAUGGAUUAAAAUCUAUCAGUGAUUUCCAUACAGCUGAUAUUCAAUUACUCAAUGGAACUAUACAAGAUCCGGAACUAGAAAGUAAAAAACGAUUGAAGAUUCAGUCAUGGUUUCGUGAAGAUGGUUCACUUGAUUUACAAUCAAAUCCAUUACGUAAUAUUCCAUCAAGACCACCUUUAUGGGAUGAUCAAUUUAAUCCAUUACCUGAAAAAUUACAAAUAUUUUAUGUACAUCCAAUGUCAUUUGAAAUGAUACAGAAUCUAUUCAAUAUGGAAUCAAAAGGUUUAACAACACAAAAUGCUUUAACAUCUUUAUCACAAUAUAAACAUAUUAGUUCAUUCAAUCAUGAUAAUAAUAAUAAUGUUGAAUAUCGUUUAUAUGUGAAUAUUCAACGUAUUAUAUUUGAUUAUCAUCCAUUAUUUAGUUUAGAACAUGUUUAUACACAAAAUUUACGUCAAAUUAUUCAAGCAUAUGAAUUAACAUUAUCGAAAGAUCAAGUAAAUGCAUGUAUUCAACGAAUUAGUGCCUUGAAACGAGCAUUGAGACAACUUGAAACAAAACGAAAUAAUAAUGCAAAUAUUUUAAGUCAAGAUGAACUAUCAGAUAUGGAUUAUCGUAUUGAAGAUUAUUAUCAUGAAAUUGGUUUAAUGCGUCGUGCAAGAAAUCAUGCAGAAGCUUAUGAAAAAGGAUUGUUGACUUCAGCACUUCGUGCAUGGAAACGUGUUAAAGAAGCAAGACAAACUAGUGGUUGUACAAAUACUACUGUACGAUUAAAAAUCACUAAACAAAUAACCAAUGUAGAACAAGAUCAAGCUGAUUGGAAUCAAGAAUUAGAUGAUAUUGUCAAUGAAGCAAAACAUGAAUAUGAUAUACAAUAUAAAAUAGAACAAAAGAAAUAUGAAGAAGAAUUGGCUAAAUAUAAGAAAGAGAAGAAACAACAAGAUGCUGCUCUUAGAAGACAACGCUUACGUGAAUCAGGUCAAAUAGAUGGUGAUUGGGAGGAUAAUGCUGAACUUGAACGUGAAGAUGCACAAAUUUUAGCACAACAGAAAGUCAAAAGAAGAAAUCCACCAAUACUUCCAAAACCAUUUAAUCCUCAAGAGAUUAAAGAUGAAACAGAAAUUAUUCUAAGAAAAUUUAGACGAUUACCAAAUGAACCAAAGAUCACUGUUAGUUUAGUUGAUGAUGCUGUCAUAUCAUCAAAUAAUGAAUGUCUAAGGACUGAGCUGAAUCGUCGUUUAAAAUUACUUGAGUAUACGUAUUUUAUCAAAUUGUAUUAUAAUCAUAAAUUAGUUGAAACUAGUGAACCACAGUUAUUAACUCAUAACUUUACACUAGAUUUCAAUUGGAUUCUACCAAUACAAAUACGUAAUCAACCAGAAUCUAUAAUAGCCAAAUUAUUUGAGAAACAUGGUUGGACAUCACAUCAAAUCGCUGAAUUUCAUAUUGCAUUACCAAAUGAUAUAGACAUUCAAAUGACAUCUAAACAACAGACAAAUCUAUCAACUGAAUUAGAUUUACAACGUUUACGAUUUACUGUAACAACUGGAUCAUCAUUUAAACUAGAUCAACUGAAAUUGAAUCAAAAACAAUCUAGUUUACCUUUAUCAUCAUCGUUUAUUGGUGGUAAAUCAAAGAUUCUCUUAGAAGAUUUAGAUGGUUCUGGUGAGAAAAUAGUAUGUUUACCAAUAACUGGAACAUUAUUAGCUACAACUCAAUGGAUAGCUAUUAAUUCAUCAUUGAAUAAUGAUAUGGAUAUUGAAGCAUGUCAUACAUAUUUAGAUAGAUCUCUUUACCCUCGCGGAUCAAUGAAAGGACGUGUUACAGAUUUACAAUCAUUAAUUUAUCCAACUACAUCGUAUUUACAACCGACACAGUUAUUCCAAUCAAAUCCAUUAUUCUUAAAUGAUACAAGUAAAGAUGAUGAUAAACAAGAUUAUAGCACUUCAAUACUUGAUCCUAAUAAUACAAUGGAUGCUAAAUUGCUAAAUUUGAUACAGACUGCAACAGGAACUCAUCUUCUAUCAAAUUCAUUACAAAUCACAUCUAAUCCCAAUGUAUUACAUCAUACACGAUUGAAUGGAAUUAAUUAUUUUCAAUUAAAUUUUUUAAUGGAAUAUUUUAAUUUUUGUACUGAUGAAGAUUUAGAUAAGUCGAAACGAAUACGUUUAAUUCAAUUAAGAAAUAAUCAUGUACCAGGAUUUCAAAAUGUCAUUAUACCGACGUUUGCUAAACAAAUACCUGAUGAAUUAUUUGAUUCAUUGAAUGAGAAGAAGGACUUAGACGAUGAACAGGAUGUAUUUUCUAAAGGGAUGAAAGCAUAUAAACAAAAGCGUAAAGUAUAUCUUGAAAAGAUUAAAUCAGAAGUUAAUCAACAUUUUCAAGAUGUAUUAAAUAAAAAAUCAUUACAUGAAAUUGUAAUUGAAGAAGAGAUACCAAAUAUUUUAUUCCUAUUGCCAUUUUUCAAAAGAUUAUUACAACCGAAACGUCCAUUAAGACCAAGAUAUGAAGAACGUCGACGUAUAGGUCCACAAUAUGUUCAAAAUUCUAGUCUUGAACUAAUAGUUACUAUACAUGGUGCUUAUAAUUUACCAAAUCGAUGUACAAAACGAACAGAUCAAUCAAAUUAUCGUAAUAAAACUGAGAAUGUCAACGAUCUUUUGAAACCAUUUGCUGUCAUUAAAUUUCAACAAAAUAAACGAUCAACUAUUACAUCAGAAGGUAGAAAUCCUAGUUGGAAUGCUGAAUUACGAUUUCCUUUCUAUUUAUCACCGGAAAAUCCAAAAUUAGAAAAUAUGAAAGAUCCUAUUAUUAUUAAUGUAUAUGAUCAAGUAACUUUCAGUCAGACAGAUUCAACGCAAAAUGAAUCAUCCCAUUAUAUACAACAUAUAGAACAUCGUUUAAUUGGUUCAACUGAAAUACCAUUGUCAACUGUUUAUUUAAAUACUAAGAUUAGUGGUAAAAUCAAUUUAUCAAUUCCAUUAAUUUUACAAGGAUAUGAAACAGUAAAUCCUGUCAAAUCAUCAAUUAGACCGAUGAUUGAUAUUUUAAUGACAUUAGAACCAUCAAUUUUCCCACCAACUCCUUUAAUUGAUACAUUUGUCUCAAUUGAAUCGCUUGAAGUGCAAGCAACUCUAUCGAAAUGGUAUAAGAAAUUAUCAAAGCAUAAAUUUAUGACUGAAAGACAAUUUAAACCAUUAGUAAUGAAUUCAGAUUGUCAAGAAAUAUUAAUGACACGUUUCCUGACUCCACUUAAUCCUCCAGAGGAAUUUCUACCGAAAUCAAAGACUGGUUUCAAUAUAUCAGAAUCUAUGUUACGUUUAGCUCGUUAUGUAUCACUUAUUCCUUAUGAAUCUGAUGUUGCAUCAUUUCCUGGUUUAGCACAAGUUUGGUGUACAUGUGACCAAUUUCUAAGUAUGUUAUGUGGUGAUGAAGAAGAGCAUGCCGUAUUAUUAGCAUGUUAUUUUAUGUAUCUAUUAAAGCAGAAUACAAUAGAUAAUAAUAAUAAUGAUGUCACAUUCACAAAAGAUAAGUCAGCAAAUCAAUCUAAUCAUAAAUCAAUCAAUUCAGUUUAUUUAUGUAUUGGUGAAGCUAUUCCUGAAGGUCGUACUGUUUAUAUAUUGACUGAAGAUUAUAUAACAAAUAAACAGAUUACUAAUCUUAUUAGUUGGCGUCUAUGGAACCCUGUAACUGGUCAACAUUAUUCAGUUCAUGAUGUGAAUAAUCCAUUACGUUCUGUUUGGGGAUUAGUUAAUUGCGAGAAUAUUUUAGCUAAUAUUCAACCGAAACAUGAACCAUGGGAAUUAGUAUGGGAUUUAAAUUCAAAAAAACAUUGGUUACCUGUUUUUGAUAAAAUAAUAUUGACCAAGGAUGAUAAUAAAAGUUGUGGCUAUACAAAUUUAUCACAAACUAUACAACCACAAAAGUUGACUUAUAUUAAUUUAGAACAACAUGAAGUGGAUUAUAUUAAAUUUGAAUUAGAAACUAUAUUGAGAGAUGCAUUAAUGGAUUGGCGUAAAACAAAAAUAACAAGGCUCAAUUAUGAAUUUAUGAAAGACUUUAAUAAGAUGCUUGAAAAGUAUAAAAAAUCAGGACAUAUCGACUGAUCACACUUUAUCACAUUAUGGACGACAACAUUGUACAAAGUAGCAGCUCCGUUGUAUCUCAUAUACUAACGGAAACGGAUAAUGUAUUUUAAUUACAUUGUAUCCCGUAGCAUUCCAUAAAAUUGAAGUGUUAAAGAAUGCCAUUGAAACUUACAAAAGAGUCACGUACGGUACACAUUAUACGCUUAGAAAAGAAUAAUGGUGCAUACUAUGAUGGAUUAAAUCAAUUACUUGAUCGAAUUUCCAACAAAUAUUAUAUUUAUGGAUUCCCAAUGAAUUUCUCAUAUAUGGAACCUGAUGAAAUUAUUGCUAGAGUAAAAUCAAAAGGAAUUCAUGAAUUAAUUGGUAGUGAAUUCAUAGUACCUGAUAUUAUAGAUCGUAGUCAAUUGAUACAACAAAGAAGUUCAAUUAUGGGGUUUUCUAAAACGACAUUAAAUAAUAUAUCAGAAUCAGUAUUUAGCCCAAAACCAUCAUUAACUUCAUUACGUAUGUUACAUUCAGAUUCAUUAAAUGUACAAUUUGCUUUAAAUGUAUAUGUGAAAGCAUAUCCAGGACCAGUUCUAUCUAUAUGGAUAUAUAUGGCUGCAUUAUGGCGACGUACUGUUACAGAAGUAUCAUAGUACCAACAGAAGUAAAGAAAAUGGUUUCCAGUGUAUAGUACUUUAACACUUUAUAAUUUUGUAAUCAAACUACCUAUGUUUACCUUGAACUAAUAAUAAUACAUGAAAAAUCGUCUUUGUAAAUGUUUUCUUUUAUGAUGACCAUGGAAAACCUGGAAACAGUGGACGGCCGUUUCGUCCUAUCGUGGAACUUCUUGGCAGUGCGCAUCCACGAUCCCGCCUCUCGAGAUUUGAACCAAGGA